CGUACGUAGCUCUUUCUUUUCUUCCAUUUUUCUUCUUCCCCUUCUUUCUCCCGCGCCGUUGUCUCCGCUCCCUUGCAUAUUGCUUUACAUCAGAGAGAGAGAGAGGGAAAGAGCGAGAAACACUGUGUGCGGCUAAGAUGGUGGCGAUUUAGGGGCUUAGCCGACAGAGUGGCUCAAGAAAGUGAUUAUAGCACUAUGAGACACGAAAUUACCGUGAUGAUUCCCGAUUUAGUCCUUCCCAUAAAGUCUUAAACAGAUCAAACCUGAAAACCAGAGAGAGAGAUGGCAGAAUUGUUCCUUAAGCAGGCGGAGAAUUACGUAGACGGCCGGCCAUGUUACCCUCAAGAAUUGUUUGAAUUCAUUGCUUCCAAGACACCCUCUCAAGACCUUGCGUGGGACGUAGGCACCGGAAACGGUCAGGCUGCUCGAUCCCUAGCUGGGAUUUUCAAGAAUGUGAUAGCCACAGAUACAAGCCCAAAACAGCUCUCAUUGGCGCCAAGGCUACCCAAUAUAAGAUACCAACAAACCCCUCCCACCAUGUCUAUAGCCGAGCUUGAAAGCAAUGUUGCAGCUGAAUCAAGCGUCGAUGUUGUGACUAUUGCUGCAGCCAUCCACUGGUUGGACCUCCCUAAUUUCUACCAACAAGUGAAAUGGGUACUCAAAAAACCUCAUGGCGUCAUAGCUGCAUGGGCCUACUUCAUCCCAGAAAUCAAUGGCUCGGUCGACGCAGUCGCCCAACGCUUUUAUAACGUUUUUUUGGAACCUUACGUGCAGCCGGCAGUUAAAUUAGCAGAGGACAAGUAUAGGAGCAUCCAUUUCCCAUUUGAGCCGGUGGAUGGAGUUGAUCAAACCGUGCCCCUGUUUGUAACGGAAAAAUUGAUGAAUUUGGAUGAUUAUUUUACUUUCUUCAGAUCGUGGUCGGCAUAUCAAACAGCGAAGGAGAAGGGUGUGGAGCUUUUUAGCGAUGUUGUGAUUGAGGAAUUUAAGCAUGCUUGGGCUGAAGAUGGACAAGACCAGAAGGUUGCAAAGUUUCCAAUUUUUCUACGGAUUGGAAGAGUGGGGAAUAUGUAAAAUCAAAAUGUAAGAAAUUUUCUAGUAUAUUAAAGUGUGGCACAUAUGUCACACAUAUUUAUUGUGGUUUUAGCAAGAAGUUGAGGAGAGUCCUCAUGGGGGGGGGGGAAGUGGCUUUAUAUAUAUAUUUGAUCCCCUGGCCCUAUAGCCUGGGGUGCAAGAUUGGAGAUUUUACGAGUUGUAUUAAAAUAUUAAUUAAAUAAUUAAAUUUAAAUAAUCAUAUGCCAUAUUAGAGGUAAAGGUAAAUUUACAAAAUCGGGUUA